AUGAGCGGUCUGGAAGUUGCUGGCGUGGUGUUAGGAGUGUUGCCGCUAUUAGUAUCCGCUCUCGAGCAUUACAAUGAAGGGCUUGACCCCAUAAAGGCUUUCUGGGGCUGGGAAAGAGAGCUGCCGCAAUUCAUUCGCAAGCUGAGAAAUCAACAUGUCCACUACGAGCAGACUCUCAAGCUACUCCUGGCCCCGAUCACCGAGGAUGCCGAGCUGGCGGACAUGGUUGCAAACCCAGGACAAGGCCUUUGGAAGGACGCUGAGAUAGCAAUCAAACUAGAGAACAGGCUCAAUGAAUCCUACAAGGCAUAUAUAGGUACGAUAGCCGACAUCGAAGGCAUCAUGAAAAAGAUUGCAAGCAAGUUAGAUUUGGGGAGUGGGAAUAGCAUGACCCGCGAUAACCUAGAAACCUUGCUCUCCGCCAACCCGCAGAAGGCGGACAACAAGUUCGAGUUUUCUAAGAGGAUCAAAUUCAGCAUAUCCAAAAAGAGAAUUAAGGGUUUACUAGAGGACCUUAACGAAUGUAACAAAGAACUAGAACGAUUCACGGAUAAGAGCGAGAGGUUGGAGCCGUAUCGCAGCGCAUGGAAGGCAUCACAGGUUGCCCCGCUGCAACGCGUACAGAGAUAUGCGAAGCGUCUCCACGACGUGCUGUCCCUGGCAUGGACCUGCUCAUGUAACGCAUCUCACUCGACAACCCUCCGGUUGGAGCCGAGGGCGAUUACUGCAAGGUCCAAGAACAUGAAGAUCAAAGGCCGCCAAGGCGAUGUAACAUGCUUCAAAGUAUGCUUCUCCAGCUCGUCCUCUCCAUGGACAUGGCAAGAGGCAGAGAUACGAGUAGAGGAUCAGCCAAGCGAUCAAGGUAGCCUUCGCACACCUGGGUGCAGCGGUAAAGUUCAGUUCACGACCCUUCCGCCAACCCCGUCACCGCCGGCCGAAAGCCGCGCAGGAGGACCUUCAGAUAGUCUGAAAACGGACCUGCAGGAGAUUGACGAUAUUUGUCACGCGAUAUGCAAGGCGAACCUCACCACACCCCGGGCUGGCUUUUUGCUUGAUCCACACGGGAAGCUUCGGGGCAUAUAUCCAGUCGACGACGACAGUCACCAAGCAAGCGCCAUUUGGCAAGGUCAGACUGUAACCCUCAAGGAUUUACUUGGUGGUAAAGGCGCUCCACUCAGCAAAUCAGACCGCCUGACCAGGCGGGAACGAUAUAUGCUCGCGGUCACCUUGGCAUCCUCGAUCUUGCAGCUCCACACAACCCCUUGGUUAACCAACCGUUGGGACAAGAACGACAUCAUCUUCUUACGAGCGGUGGGCGGACCACAUUCCGUCGACGCCAGCAACCCCUAUAUCGUGCACAAACAAUUGCAUCCGAGCCUCUACUCCAGUGGAGGCCUUGACUCUUUCGGCAACCAGAAUUCAGCCCUCCUUGCCCUCGGUCUCAUGCUCCUGGAGCUUUACUUCGGCGGACUUUAUGAGCAGCAACAUUCGUUCAGCUGUGGCCCGGAUUUUGCGAACAUAGACACGGCUUUGGGCAUGCUUCAAGUCGCUCAUCAGUGGGUGAAAGAAGAGAAAGAGAACCUGUCAGCCGGGUUUUUGGGCGCAGUAUCGUAUUGUCUUCGCUGCUAUGCAGACCCGAGAAGUAGCUUACAGGAUCCGGUGUGCUUGCAGGCUGCGCUGGAGAACAUCGUACUUCCUCUCCAUGAAGAGCUCUGCCACUUCAUGGGGACCAUCUGA